UUUCUAUUACUUAAAUUGGUGAAUUGUCAUAUACACAUCCACGUCGAUCUUAUUAUUUUUUUUAUAAUUCGAUCUCGAAUAGAUCUCUUCCGUUAUCUUCAAUGGAUUUGUAACUAGUAAGAAGAUUCUACGAUCAAUCAAUAAAUCAAAUGUGUCGGCAAUAUGUUACAAAAAUUUCAUUGUGAAAAUGUAUUGAAAGAGUUAAAUGAUUUUGGACAAUAUCAAAAAUUUUUAUUGUUCGGUUUCAUAAUGCCAUUGGCUAUACUAGCCGCAUUUCAAUCGUCUUAUAUAUAUAACGAAUUUGUUCCAGAUCAUUGGUGUCGUGUAGAUUUAUUGGUCAAUUUUUCAUAUGGAGAACAAAAUCGUUUGAUUCGACCACGAUUAAAAUACAAUGACGAUGAUAAUAAUGGACAGGAAACGCUAAAACUAAUGUCCAAUUGUGAAAUGUAUGAUAUAAAUUAUCGUCAAGUAUUGACCGGUUUGGAAAUACCGAAACAAAAUAGUUCAUCGUCAUCAUCUACAUUAUCAUCAUCAUCAUCAUCAUCAGUAUUCAUACCGAUUAAAAAGUGUUCACCAAUCAGUGGCUGGGUUUAUAAUCGAAAUCAAUUUCGAGAGAAUGCUGCCAUGCAUUAUAAUUUUGUCUGUGAUCGCCGUCAACACAUUCAAAUGAUCGGAUUUGUACGAAAAUUAUCUUCUGCUCUAUUUAGCUUGAUAUAUGCCAUUCUUUCAGAUAGAUAUGGUCGUAAAAUUGGCCUAAUAUUCAUUUUAACUGCAUACAUUUUAUCAGCAAUAUCACCAGUGUUGACCACGAAUUAUUAUGCAUUUUUAACUUGCCAAGCAAUACAAGGAUCAACAUGGCCAAUCGGAAUAUUGAUCGGCACAGCAUUUGGUAUUGAAUUUGUUACACCUGAAUAUCGUGCGGAUGUUUUAGCAUUGGUCGGUCUGGCAUUUCAAUUUGGUGAAUGGUGUACAUAUUUUCUCAUACAAGCUCUAAGACAUUGGGUUUGGAUUGCUAUCGUCAACACAGGAUUUGUUAUUCCAUAUUUUAUAUUCUAUCAAUACUAUGACGAAUCACCACAAUGGCUUUUAGCUACCAAACGUUUUGAUAAAUUAAAAGAUCUCUUUGAACGAAUGAAUCGUAUUAACAGAGCGAAAUUGGACAAUGAUUCGAUCGAUUCAAUCAUAAGUAAAUUUACUCAUUAUUAUGAUCAUGAACGACGUGUAGAAGUUAGUUUAGCAAUUUCCAUGCAAAAUCUUGAUUUAUCGACAUCGAAUCAUAACAACAAUUAUAAGCAAAGAAUUAUAUCAUCAAACAACUACAAUAAUCAUUACCGACGUCCAAGCAUGAACAGUUUUCUAACCGACGAUGAAUCAGUACCAGAUGGAUCACAGCCAUCAUUUUGGAAAAAAAUUAAACUAUUCAUCAAACGUUCAACACUAUUUCAGAUGAUAUUUUUAUGGGCAAUCGUGUUGAUAACAAAUGAAUUGAUCAUUGAUUUUUUAUCAAAACGUAAAAAUCGUUUCGAUGACAAUUUACUUGUUGACCGAUUUUUUGGAUCAUUGAUAAAGAUGCCAAUCAUUUUAUUGACAUGGUAUCUUGUCAAUCAAUGUUUUGGCCGUCGUUGGUCAAACUGUAUUAUACUUUCAUUAAAUUUAGCCAUUCUAAUGUUCCUACUAUUUGGUCAAUAUUUAUUGAAAAAAAUUAUAUGGCUAAAUGUUGGCAUUUCCGUACUAGGCAUUAUGUUAGCCGAAUGUUCCGAAAUGAUAACAAUAUUGCAAACAUUGGAAUUGACGUCGACCAGAUAUCGUAUAAUUGUAGUCAGUAUUGUUCAUCUAUUUUCUCAAUCGGCAUUUUUAGCCAUUAUUUAUUGGCUCUAUAACUACAAUCUACGAAUAAUCUUCAAUGUUCAAACGAAACUGAUAUUUAUUUCUUGUAUUACUUUACUAUCGAUAAUUUUGGCAUCUUUUGUAACUGAAACAAGAAACGAAUAUCUACCGAUUGGCGUAUUAGAAUCUGAACAAUUAAUCACAAAUUUCAAUUAUUGGUCAGUGUCAAAAGAUCGAUCAGAUAUUGAGCCAUCCAACCUUUUUUUAUCAUUAAGUAAAUGGGAUGUCAAUGCAAAUCAUCAGAUUGUCGGUUCGAUAAAACAUAUGGAAAAAUUCACUGAUAGCUGACGACAACUUCAAAUAAUUACAAAUCUAUAAAUUGAUUUGUGAUUAUUUGAAUGCAAUAGCCGUGUUGAAAGAAAAACACAUUCGGCCAUAUAUAAAU